CGGGGCCCCACAACAAGUAUUACUCGAGCGUGUGUCAGAAGGUCUACUAAUAAGGGACUCGUCUGUCAGAUGCUCUGCAAUAAAGUAGUACAAAAUGGGCUCGUCUGUCAGACGAUCUACGCUUUUUUUGCUUUCUCUGCUUUGCUGGCUCGGUGGUCCUUGUUGUGUGUUUUCUGAAUCUCUUGAUGCCGCCAUCCAUUCCGAGCCAUCUCUUUAUGGACGGGUUCAAAAAGUAGAUGUUUUUCAAACGUAAUCUUCUAUAUUUAAGGUUAAGGAUGUAAUCACUAACUUUUCGUCGAAGAUUUACUCUGUUUUCAAUUUGAACCAUUUGAACUAGGUGGAAAAGUUGAAAGUGCAAACAUAGUUUGAAAGUGUAUCGAUCAAGGACUUCUGAGCUACGACUUCGGCCUCCGCAACGUCGGAAAAAAAGCUAUUUUUAUUUAUAUUAUUGGUCUAAGAACUGUUUGUUUUUUUCGGUCUUUUCCUAGUUAGUGUGGAUCUAUUAUUAAUUGGUCUAAGAGCGAUUUUCCAUUUACAACUACAGCUAUAUGUAAUUUUCCAUUACAGCCUUGACGACCUCCCCAACCCCAAAGGCGCUUCUUUCAUUUAUACCGAACGACCAACAACAACUACAAUUUAGUUGCGAGCAGGAAUUCUUCAGAUCAUGCUUUCGCAGUGUUUGGCUAUUUGCCGGAGUGGAGAUUUGCCGGUUCUCAUUUUGGAGUCCAAGUUCGGCACUACACGCAUUUGAUUUUUUUCUCGCUGGAGAUAGACCCAAACACCGGACGCAUAGCCGCAGCCGAUCGCUUGACACAACUGCAAAGCGCUCUCUACUAUGCGAAAGAAGCAAGGUCUAUACAGGACAGCCAAGCAAUAAACCCGCCAGGGGAUGCUGGGCAAAAUUAUGGUGGGGAAAAAGUAGAAGCGAAGUAGACUCGUCACCGAUGCGACCGUGCUUGAAGAACUAGAACUGCUUUAGGCACAGGCUACGCCGGCCUCAAUAAGUCACAUCCAAUCUAUUUCACUUUGGAGCUUUUGCUUCGAAGAAAAUGAUCCUUCUGCGGCUUGGAUUCGUUCUUGUGAAAAUAUUUCUGAGUUCUCGUAAUCCAUAGUCUAGACUCCUAGUCUAUAUGUCCCCGUAUCCUAUGUCUAUCCCUCCAAACAAUCCAUAGCCCAUGCUCUUCUUUCUGUCUUCAUUUGCUGACAAGAACGCAGUUCCUCGUUUGUUUCGGUGGCAAUGGCAGAAGUGCAGGUUUUUCCGCGAUGGUCAGGGACAAGAAAAAGCGGAAGCGGUUCGUCAAAGAGUUGACAACGAAGUUAAUUUUUGACGUAGACAAUGCAUUUGUUAAGGCUGCAGCUCAUGAAGCUAAAUUGAUUCGUGAGCGUGGGCAAAGAUUGUCAUCUCCCUUCGCAACUGUCGUUUCCUUUUAGGGUAGCUUCAAAGUAGUUCUUAGACUAUAUAUGAGCACUCACCGGAGGCGUUGCACAGGGCUCCGGCCUGCCUUUGAAGGUGAGACCUAUGGGGCUGACAGGACGACGAUAGCGCCGGCGCUUAGUUAGUUUUAGCAGUUAGCAGGAUACUUUUGGAUACUUGUUGAUAGUUACCCUUUUCUCUUUUAUAUCUUCCUCUGGUCUGUCUUUUUUCUAGUUAGGUCGGCUCCAACACAACUAUAGAAGACUAGUGUAUGCACCACGUGUGUGCACGCAGGCGCAACCUCGCAGAGGUAGAUGAAUGAUCUUCGUGAGGAGCUCCUCUAAACUUGGUGGAGGCUUUGACGGUGUGGAUUACAAUUGGGAGUAUCCUGGCUACGAUUUUCGGCGUGGCUAUCUCCCAGACGCUGAGGUCCGGAAGGACUAUGAAGGACUGGGAAGGCUUUUGAAGGAUACAAGGAAAAUGUUCGACAAAAAGACGAAGGCUGAGGAUUUUGAAAGUAGCAGAAGUAGAAGAGUUCUUCCUGAUAAUGUGGUUUCUACUGAUGCAACGAAAGACAGUACCAGUAGCUCCACUGCGAGAGACCAGGCAAGAAAAGAUGAUAGUACAACCUCCACCACAUCAGAGCGUCAAGCACGAAAAACAAUUUCUUUAGCCUACUACCCAGAUGGCAAGCAGGAACAAUUGUUUGCUGCGCAUAAGAUGAUCCUUCAAUACACGGAUUAUUUCCACAGCAUGGCCUAUGACCAACAUGGACGACAGCACUCGCCUUUUUCACUAGCGGAAAAAACCAUUGAAUAUGCCGAAAAAUACUUACGGCGCGUUUCCUCAGCGUUGGCGCCUCUCUUAGUUUUCCUCUUUAACAAUGAAAAGAGUAUGAGCUACUUGGGAUAUGAGUGGAUCAUUGUGUUGCGCUUUCUUCCUUAAUACUGAAAUAUAGAGUAUGAUGAACUACUCAGAAGAUGGAAGAGUAAUUGUGCUGAGCGUUUCUAAAAUUCUUAGGACCAGAAGUUUUGCCAAAGGUUACUUUGGGAUUGCCAUUUUACGGGAGGAGAGAAAAUACGGGAGAAUGGAUGAGCUACGAAGACAUUCUGACGAAACAGUGGGAGAAGCAGAAGGGAAAGGGUUAAGGCCUUUGGCCAAUAUUGGUCAUAGAGUGUAGAAAAAUACGAGAUUGAUUUUUGUCCCGCUCUAAGUGCUUGUCAUAGAGACAAGUGUAUAAGUGUUAAACUGUGGAGUGCUAUUUUGGAAGAUGCUAGUAACACACACAACGGGCCACCGCCUUAACGGUUUCGCGAAACACCUAAGGGGCCACCGCCUUAACGGUUUCGCGAAGCACUCAAGGGGCCACCGCCUUAGCGGUUUCGCGAAGCACUGAAGGGGCCACCGCCUUAACGGUUUCGCGAAACACUUAAGGGGCCACCGUCUUAGCGGUUUCGCGAAACACUUAAGGGGCCACCGCCUUAACGGUUUCGCGAAACACUUAAGGGGCCACCGCCUUAACGGUUUCGCGAAACACUUAAGGGGCCGCCGCCUUAAGGGUUUCGCGAAACGCUCAAGGGGCCACAGCCCUGACGGCUUCGCGAAACACUUAAGGGGCCACCGAUUUAGCGGCUUCGCGAAAGAAGAGGCCACCGCCUUAUCGGUUUCGCGAAACACUUAAGGGGCCGCCGCCUCAAGGGUUUCGCGAAACGCUUAAGGGGCCACAGCACUGACGGUUUCGCGAAACACUUAAGGGGCCACCGCCUUAGCGGUUUCGCGAAACACUGAAGGGGCCACCGCCUUAUCGGUUUCGCGAAACACUUAAGGGGCCGCCGCCUUAAGGGUUUCGCGAAACGCUUAAGGGGCCACGGCACUGACGGUUUCGCGAAACGCUUAAGGGGCCACCGCCAUAGCGGUUUCGCGAAGCACUGAGGGGGCCACCGCCUUAUCGGUUUCGCGAAACACUUAAGGGGCCACCGCCUUGACGGUUCCGCGAAACACUUAAGGGGCCACCGCCUUAACGGUUUCGCGAAACACUUAAGGCGCUGCCGCCUUAAGGGUUUCGCGGAACGCUCAAGGGGCCACAGCCUUGACAGUUUCGCGAGACACUUGAGGGGCCACCGCCCUAGCGGUUUCGCGAAACGUUGAAGAGGCCGCCGCCUUAUCGGUUUCGCGAAACACUUAAGGGGCCGCCGCCUUAAGGGUUUCGCGAAGCGCUUGUUUAAGGGGCCACAGCAUUCUCGGUUCCGCGAAACACUUAAGGGGCCACCGCCUUAAUGGUUUCGCGGAACACUGAAGAGGCCACCGCCUUAUCGGUUUCGCGAAACACUUAAGGGGCCACCGCCUUGACGGUUCCGCGAAACGCUUAAGGGGCCACAGCAUUGACGGUUCCGCGAAGCACUUGAGGGGCCACCGCCUUAACGGUUUCGCGAAACGAAAACACUUAAGGGGCCACCGCCUCAACGCUUUCGCGAUGGUUCCCUCGUGUGUCUCUCUAGAAGGUGACGCCGCCCGCAAGAACGAGCAGAGCGGGAAGCGGAUAUAGUUCUAACAGAAUAUCACCGCGAAGGGAGAUGUGCAGAAAUCGCAAAAAAAGUUAGUAGAAAAAACGCGUGCCCUCGAUACUCUCGAAGAAGAUAAAGUUGUCUACGGCUACAACGGUCCAAGGAUGAUAGAGCGGAAGGUCAAACUCGCAUGGGAGAAAGGUUUAGGCGGUGUCAUGGUAUGGGAAGCUGGUCAAGACUGUAGAGCAGAACUUUUGGAGAAGAAGAGUGGAGCAAAAAUAGAAAAGCACGUCGCAACAUGUGAUCACCUCUCUUCUACUGAAAAAAGCGAAGCAGCGUUUUCUUUGAGUUACGCAAUCACAAAAGAGCUUGGAAACUUGGGGAUGACAAAUGAUACCAAACGGGGUGACAUUGAUGAUGGGAGGACACAUGAGGAAUUAUGAAAAAAGAAGAUAUUGUGGUGAUGCAUUUUGAUAUUCGCUGUGAGGAUAUGAAUGAUACCUUCCAGAAAAGUAGUCCGUCGCAAGUACAACACAUUCUCU